AGGCACCGGGAACUACAUUUCCCGAGCAGGGACCGGCGCCUGCAGGCUGCGUGUUACCGGGGCGACGCAGGCCGCAGCCGGGGCGAGGACCAGAGGGCGUUGGGGGGCAGCCCGUAAAGGGGGGCGCCUUUUCCUGCCCUGCUCUUGGUGAUCAGGCGGUGCCAUCUGUGUCUCCCGUGCCGCACUGCCCUGCGCCCCGCUGCACGGCCCCCGUGUUAGUUUUUCUUGGUCCCCGCAGGGAGUUGGGGCCUCGAGGUUCCGACGGAGCGGCCGUUGCUCCGCGCGGGGGUCUGGAUCGCGCCCCUCUCCGGCCCCGCGGCGGCCCGGCCCCUAUGGGCCCAACCCGGAAGCCCAACGUGUGCCGCCUGAGCCGCCGGGCGCUGGGCUUCUUCUCGAGCGACGCGGGCGCGGUGCAGAGGACGAACCUGGGCAUCCUGCGGGCGCUGGUGUGCCAGAAAAGUACAAAAUUUAAGAAUGUUUGGACUACUCAUUCCAAGUCACCUAUAGCCUAUGAAAGAGGAAGAAUAUAUUUUGAUAAUUAUCGGUGCUGUGUCAGCAGUGUUGCAUCAGAGCCAAGAAAACUUUAUGAAAUGCCAAAAUGCUCCAAAUCAGAAAAAAUAGAGGAUGCUUUAUUAUGGGAAUGCCCAGUGGGGGAAAUGCUGCCCAAUCCAUCAGAUUAUAAAUCCUCACUCAUAGCACUGACAGCCCAUAACUGGCUACUUCGUAUAUCAGCAAGUACGGGAAAAGUCCUUGAGAAAAUAUAUCUUGCUUCGUAUUGCAAAUUCAGAUACUUGAGCUGGGACACUCCUCAAGAAGUCAUUGCAGUCAAGUCAGCUCAGAACAAAGGCUCAGCAUUGACCCGGCAGGCAGGCCUUCCACAGCCUGUUUUGCUGUACCUUGCAGUGUUCCAUGUUCUACCUUUUUCACUCAUAGGGAUUCUGGAGAUCAACAAAAAGAUUUUCGGGAACGUUACAGAUGCUACCUUAUCUCAUGGAAUACUGAUUGUGAUGUACGGCUCAGGACUGGUCAGACUCUAUAGCUUCCAAGCCAUCACUGAACAGUUCAUGCAACAGAAACUUGACUUAGGGUGUGCAUGCAGAUGGGGUGGGACUGCUGGAACUGUGGGAGAGGCUCCUUUUGGCAUUCCUUGUAAUAUUAAACUCACAGACACGCCACCACCGCUCUUUGAGGUGUCCUCCCUGGAGAACGCCUUUCAGAUUGGAGGCCACCCUUGGCACUACAUCAUCACACCUAAUAAGAAGAAGCAGAAGGGAGUUUUCCAUAUUUGUGCCCUUAAAGACAACUCCUUGGCUAAAAAUGGGAUCCAAGAAAUGGAAUGUUGUUCUCUAGAAUCUGACUGGAUCUAUUUUCAUCCUGAUGCUUCUGGAAGAAUAAUACAUGUUGGCCCAAAUCAGGUCAAAAAUAAAAAUGCAAAUUAUCUACAGGCAUAUCUCAGAAAUAUUGCAUGUUCGGUUCCAGAUGACAGCAAUAAAGCAAGUAUUGCAAUAAAAGUUUUAAAGCUAAAUGAAAUAGAAAAUAAUAGUGGCCAGCAUCAGGUCUCUGAAGAUUUUGUCAUAUUGGCCAACAGAGAGAACAAAAAUGAAAACUUACCCACUGUUACUGCAUCUGGACGGGUGGUUAAAAAAAAAUUUAAUCUUCUGGAUGAUGACCCAGAACAAGAGACUUUCAAAAUUGUGGACUAUGAAGAUGAAUUGGAUUUGCUUUCUGUGGUAGCUGUUACUCAAAUAGAUGCCGAAGGAAAAGCUCACCUUGAUUUCCACUGUAAUGAAUAUGGAACUUUACUUAAAAGCAUUCCACUGGUGGAGUCAUGGGAUGUGACAUACAGCCACGAAGUCUACUUUGACAGAGACUUGGUCCUACACAUAGAACAGAAACCCAGCAGGGUCUUUAGCUGCUAUGUUUACCAGAUGGUGUGUGACCCUGGGGAAGAAGAAGAAACCACAAACAGAAGUUGAGAAAAAGAGGAAUACAUUGCUCACCAAGGAACCCUGUUUCCUUUCGUGAAGACCAACAUUGGAGAACAAACCUGGUUCCUACGGGCACACGCCUGACUGUUCCACAUGACUUGGUGGAGCUGGACGACAUGACCCCAGAGAAGAGGCUCCGUAAAACAUUGUAAUAAAUAAUACGACUGUUUUCUUUAAAGGCUGUGUUCAUGUUAUUUCUAAAUCAGGGAAAUUUCUGCUCUAAUAUGAAAGCAUAUUAAACAAGCUGUACCCUUUCCCCAAUAACUAUAUUGGAUCUCAAUGUGAUUUUAAAUUUAGUUUUCCUUAUUAACUAAUGGUAAGCACAUUCUCAUGUGUUUAUUUUCCAUGUGUAAAUUUUACAUUUUUUUAACAAACUAGAGGCCCAGCGCAUGAAAUUUGUGUGCAGAUAUGGUCCCCAGGCCUGGCCUGAGAUCAGGGCCAUGCCCCCAGCUUUGUCAGGAAGGAUGUCCAGAAGAUGUCUGGCCUAAUUAGCAUAUUACCCUUUUAUUAGUAUAGAUUUAUUGAGGCAUAUGGACAUACAAUAAAAUGAACAUAUUUAAAGUGUACAAUUUGGUAAGUUUUGACAUGUAAACAUCACUAUAAUCAAAAUAACAAAUAUAUCCAUUACCCCAAAGAGUUUUCCCUCCCUCCUGCCCCUCUCUCCUCUUUCUAAGGCAACCACUGCUCUGUGUCUGUCAUUUUAGGUUAGUUUGAGUUUUCUAGAAUUUUAUAUAAGUGGAAUCACACAGUAAAUACUUUUCAGUGGGCUUCUUUCACUCAGUAUAGUUGUUUUGAGAUCAUCUGUGUUGCAUGUACCAAUAGCUCAUUUCUUUUUAUUCCUUAGUAGCACUCCAUUGCUUGUAUAUGACCACAAUUUAAUGCCUUUACCUGUUAAUGUUCAUUUGGGUUGUUUCCAUUUUUUGGCUACUACAAAUAAAGCUCUUACAAACAUUUA